AUGCCGAUGUUUGCGCAGCCUGAGGCCGGGGAGAUCGUGCCGAUUAGUCCGCGGGCGCAGAUAGAGCAGGGAGCGUACCGCACGCCUACGUUUCUGGUGCAUGGGACGGGGGAUGACUUGAUUCCGUGGCGGCAGACGCAGGGGACGUACGAGGCGCUGGUUGAGCGGGGCGUGCCUGCUGGCGUGAGGAUAGUGGAGGGGGCGGAGCAUUUGUUUGAUCUGAGGGAGAGGGGGAAUAAGAAUUGGAGUGUUGUUAGAGAGGCGUAUGGGUGGUUGGUGGAGCGGUUGGGGGAUGCUUGA